CCUGUCGCCAGUUGCGUCCAUUCUCACGACGAUGUUAACGUGGGAGGUACCGCAGAAACGUCUCAUUCCCGUUCUGCUGUCGCCUUCGGAGCCGAGAGUUGACGUCGCUGCAAGCAGUUUCUUGGACAAAGCUUGACGAUGCAUGGCGCGCACCGACGCGUUGAACAUUGCACACAGCAGCCGUGUCGGACAGGGAAAAUUGACUCGAUCGAUAACGCGUGUUGCACCGCGUUGGAAGUCAGACGUUCAAGAGACGUCGUCGACGCUGGCGUUGGACCGUGCCGUCAUGGACAUCCCGACCUCACCUCACCUGUCGACUUUUCGUCUUUCUCUACCCACGAUGAUCCGCUUCUUUGUAACGAUUGUUCCAUGCCUUGCCGUCACAACUCACAUUUCGACGGUUGUCCUUCUCGCUGUUCGCCGAAAUCAACUCUGCGACUCUGCUCCAGUAGCGUCACCACCAAAAUGGCCAUCUCAUCAGAUUCCACCGAGGGCUAUCCGAGCGAUCGGUCUGAUCUCAGCAAUUCUAACGCUCGCCAUUCCAUAUUUGUUCUUCCAAAAUGACCCCAUAAUCCAACCAGCCUUGCGUUGUGUGGCCUUUUUCUACGCCUGCAAAAUUCUCGACCUUGCACUCGCAAGAGCCACUCAGCCUCCGACGCUUUUGAUGCACCAAGAUGAAUCCACCAACCAAAAGGGAACCCAACUAAACCCGCCUGAUACCAGUCCAUGGGAAUAUACCUACUACCUCCUGACCGAAAUGCGCUACCAGUCCUUCUCAACUCACACCACCCAACUUCUCCGCCCGGACACCAACAAACAAUCCACUCACAGCCCCGUCUGGACCAUUUUCCCGCCGACCAUCCUUCCAACCCUCGUCUACCUGCAUCCGACACCAAUCCUUAAAGCUCUCCUAGCCCUCCUCGUAAUUCAAUACGCCCUGGAAACCUUGCACACCUUCCUCCACCGGGACCGCAAAACCUGCACCCAACCUCUUUUCCACACUCCUUUCGCAGCCCCCUCCUUCGGCGCCUUCUGGUCCACCCACUGGCACGCAGCCGCGAACCCCUUCCUACAAAGCCUCGCCUACCAGCCAGUCCGCACGCUCUCCGGACAAAAAGCACCGGCGGUGUUGGCCACGUUCGCUCUGACCGGGAUCUGGCAUGCGUGGGCCGCGAUGCCGGCUGUGGAGAGGGAGAUGCAGGCGGUGUUCGGGUGGCGGGUUUGGAUGAUUUUCAUGGGCAUCAAGCUACAUUCACAGCGCGAGAAUUUCAUCAAGUGCAGAGCAUGUGGAUCUUUCUUCAAGCGCGUCCCGCUCGAGCAGCACUACGUGUUGUACCACGGCUUCAAAGUCCCUGAUGGAAACCGAGACGUUGUCGCUUACGCAAUGAAGUACAUAUUCGUCGGGUCAACGCUGCCAAUGCACCUGGGCCUAAAAGGUACCGACCCGCCUACUCGCAUCGUGGUGGUCUUCCGGAUCAGCAGCGCAAACCAGAGUCCGAAGAUCACCGAGCUACAAACAGCUAUCGGACUCCAGGCGAAGGCGGAGAAGUCUGUCGACCGGCUCCGGCAAUCCAUGGGCUGGAACGGUCCUAUCGAGACGCAUGGAAUCUUUCUAUAUGCGAUACCUUCCAACUUGCUCCCUGCUGUCAGCACAGAACGAGUCGAGACCGCCGCGAGGGAGCUGGGCCACAGCAUCACGGGCAGGAUGACGAGGGAUAUUGUCAACUACACGCGGAAGCUGGAGGAUUUGAUUAACAACGGCGGAGUGCGCCCUGCGAUCAUCAACAAUUGGGAUAACUGUGGAGCGAACUGGAGUCUUUUUGAGGAAUUCGCGCACCGUGUGGUCGACUUCACAAUGUACACACACUGCAGCAAUCGGCGCUCGUACGAAGUAGAGCGUACAGGACUCAAUUCCCAACAACUACUCCCUCGAUCGGACGUGGACGGGUAUUCGCUGUUGAUCGCCGAGACGAAUAGUUUGAAGACGCGACCGCUGCCGCCGAUCGAUGGCGUUAUCGACCGAGAAAUGAAGCGCUGGGAGUGGCAGCUCCAGCGCCAGAUGAUGAGCGACGUGGACGUGAGCGGCUGGAUCAAGGGUUCGUCGACACAUGGCGAAGAUCAGUAUACCUAGGCGUGUAUGCAGAGAGGCUGUCGCUGUUGAUUACUUAUCCACCACGAGACAUGCCAAUC